UUAAAUAUCAACAUCGCUUAUAAAAAAUUGUGUGCAUGUAUGCCAUGGACUCUAACCCCUUCCAAUGAACAUAGGAAGACGUGAGAGUGAACCAAGACAGGCCGAAUUAAAGCCAUCGUCUUUUUUUUUUUUUUUCUUUUUGGAAACUUAUACACAAAGCCAAUUAUACUUUCUGUCGACUUCCUCCAUAAAGCAAAAGCCCCCAGUAAAAUAUCACAUACACCAUAUACUUUCUUCUCUUUUUUAAUACCAUACGUGCAUUUCACUCUCAAGUUUAGCAUCGAUCCUCUCCCUCCUUCUCCACUAAGGAAAAAUCACUAUAUUAUUGCCUUAAAAAAAUAUACCACAAAGAAGUAGCAAACAAGUAGAGAAAUCAUCAAUUAUAGCAAGAAAAAGUGCUAGAUAAUAUAAAAGAAUGGGAACAGAUUGGGCGCCAUCGGUGAUAGCUGUGGGAUUGUUCAUAUUAUUGUCUCCAGGAUUGCUAUUCCAGUUGCCAUCAAGAACGAGAUUUUGCGAGUUCGGGAAUAUGUACACCAGCGGGAUUGCAGUAAUUGUUCAUGCCAUAUUAUACUUUUGCUUAUUUACACUUUUGACUGUCGCUUUUAAUCUUCACAUAUGGUCCGAUUUUUCCUUCCCUCCUAUUAAGAUUUAGGAAUUUUGAGUAUCUUCUUGGGUUCUUUUGUCAUAUAGUUAUAUGUGUAUACUACUUCACAUGUAAUUGUUAAAAUGUUUAAUUAAUUCAGGAUGCAUGUUUAUGAAGUUCAUGCAAAAUGAAAUCAGAAACGUAUGUCUGUAGGAAAUUAUUCGUGUUUUUUAGUACUAUUGAUUAUGCCUGUGUUAUCCUGUAAGUUUUAUUUAAAUGGUACAGGUAUAGUAUAUGUGUUUGGAGAUGAAUUUAUAAUUUUGAUUGUAUUUA